AUGACGGUGGUACGCCUGAUCCUGGGCACAGCACGUCACUGCGCUGGUGCUCAGAUAAGCUGUUUUGCACCCAGCUCCUUCUCCUGGCGACAAGCUGCUUACGUGGACUCCUACUGCUGGGCAGCUGUGCAGCAGAAGCAAGCAUCCCAGAACAACUUAGAAAACAUUCCCCUGUGGCUGCAUAAAUUCUUCCCAUACAUCCUUCUGCUCGUUGCUAUCCUGCUGUAUCUACCAUGUUUAUUCUGGCGCUUCACUGCAGCACCUCACCUUUCUUCAGAUCUGAAAUUUAUUAUGGAAGAACUUGACAAAGCCUAUAACAGGGCAAUCAAAGCUGCUAAUAGCAUCCACAGUGGAGACCCCAGGGACCCUACUGACUUGGUUCCAGCUGUUAAUGAGAACUUGACACAGAGUUUGUGGGAAAUAUCUGAAAGCCACUUUAAAUACCCAAUUGUGGAGCAGUACCUGAAGACAAAGAAGAAUUCCAAAUGCCUAAUAAUUAAAUACAUUAUCUGUCGUUUACUCACUCUAGUAAUUAUUUUCAUUGCAUGCCUCUACCUGGGCUACUACAUUAGCCUCUCCUCUUUGAGCGAUGAGUUUCUUUGCAGUAUCAAGACUGGGAUCUUAAAGAACGACACAACUGUUCCAGAAGUGGUUCAGUGCAAGCUUAUUGCUGUUGGUGUCUUCAAGGUACUCAGCUACAUUAACCUGCUAGUCUAUCUUCUAGUGAUGCCGCUGGUAGUGUAUGCAAUGUUUGUUCCAUGGAGGUGGAAUUCAGGUAUUCUCAAAGUGUAUGAAAUCCUGCCAACUUUCGAUGUUCUAAAACUCAAGUCAAAGUGUUUUGAUGACUUAAGCCUUUACCUCCUCUUUCUUGAGGAAAACGUGAGUGAACUUAAAUCAUUUAAAUGCCUCAAAGUGCUGGAGAACAUUGCAGUUUCUGAGAAGUUUGAUGUCAUGCAACUUUUGGUAAACCUUGGUACUAUUAAGACAGAUACCGUGGAUGGGAAGCCAGGGACAGCUGUGUUGGAGAAGCCUGAAGAAACAACUACAGAAGAGCUGGAAAAUAAUGCAACAGAGCUACAAGAAAUCUUAGAUGAAUGUAAAAAUAAGUCUGAUGCUCAGAAAUGCCGCUGGCGGAGGAACAGAAAAUGA